GUGUAAAUACAGACUGUGGUAAACACUCCAUUUCUAAAGCACAAAUCUGACAUAGAUUUUGUUGAUGUAUUUCAGUAAUAUCUUUGAAGUAAAAGCGUGUGGGCGCCUGGAAAAUCAGUGAUGUUGUAGUUGGAUCGUGUUUGACGAUUUCGAAAAGUUUAAGCUUUAAAGGAACUUUAUGCUGGCUUUUUAAGUAACCUACAACAACAUACGAGUUAAAAUAUGUAUUACGCCCUGUCAUUUCUAUUAUUGGGCAGUGACGAAAAGUUUAAUAAACUUUAAGUGAAGUUUACGCCGGCUUUUCAAGUAACCUAUAACAACACACGAGUUAAAAUAUGUAUUGCGCCCUGUCAUUUCUAUUAUUGGGUCGCAAUGCCUGUAAGUAUUUAUUUUCGUGAAAGUAUCGGCCGUUAGUUAAAUCAAAAAUCAUCAUAAUGACUGACAAUCGUCCUGCGUGUGCUGUGUGCGGAGGGACUGACUAUUGUGUAGAAGCUGGUUUUUAUUACUGCAGCGAAUGUCAUACUCAGUCUCAGAGCUGCAAUAGUCUCCCAUUCAGAUCCCUGGGUGAGGACUACUCAGGAUAUUGCUGUAAUCAGGAAAAGCAAAAGUGGCAAUCUACGGAUCAGAGUGUGGGAUGUUUGAUUCCUUAAUCAGGAUAUAAGAGAGGAAGUAUUUGAAACAUGGAAUGAUGAAAAUAACGAAAUAUCUCAGGACUCAUCCAGUAAAAGAAAAAAACACAAGCUAGAACCUGAUCCAGACAGAGAAUGGACAACGUGGGAAGCAUAUAACUGGAUUUUAAAAGGCUUGGUCGAUGAAGUGAUUGAGCUUGGAGCAAAACCAUCAUUAAGGGAACUAGUGCUUCAGCUGUGGGCCAGCUAUCUGAGGAAGAUGGGCGUUGCAUUUACAUCAAAGAAAAACCAAGCUAUGCCCAAACUAGGAGUAGACUUUGAUCUACAGGAUGCUUCUUUAAUCUGUGGCAUAAAAAUGAAAUCAGAAACUUCUAGCAGGAAGAGCUCAUCAUGUAAAAGUGUGAAGUCAGCAUCAUCGAUGUCACAGUCAACAGUGUCAUCAAGCUAUACGAGCUCUCGAUAUCUACAGAGAAAGAAAUUUCAGUCGAAACGUAGAAAACUUAUGGUUGAAGAAGCAAAGAGGGUGCAGCAAGAUGUUGAGGCUUCCUUAGAUUUUUCUUCUCAACUUGAACAGAGCUUGAGAGAGAGAGAGUCAUCUGUGGAAACAAUAUCCAUUGUCUCCUGCAGUUCAAGAUCAAGGGGUUGUGGAUCAGAAGUCUUACUGAAAGAGCGAAAAAGAUUGCUAAGGAAGAUCUGUGGUGCUCGAGGAAUGUACAAAGGGCACAAACGUGUUGGUAAUUCGGACCUCCGUUCAGCAGCAGAUCCAAACUUUCUUGGUCGCACCAGAUUACUUAACCUCAUUCAUCUCGGCCUUCUUGUUGACUGCAGUGAACAACAACUCAGUGAUCUAUUAAGAUGGAUCCGAGAAGGGCACCUAUCAUAUCAACAUGUGACACAUUUCUUCCCUCAAGGAGUCUGCAUCAAGAAAAGCGAUAGAACACAGUUUGGUGCAUCAGUGCAAAGUGCAAAUUAUUCCACCAUAUUAAAAGGCACUGGACUUUUAAUAAAGUGGUUGGGCGUGAAAUAUGUGCCAGUUCCAGAUGUUCAUAAGUUAGUUGAACGGCAGGUCCAUGAAUUAGGGUUGCCAGAUAUGAUGAUAACACUGGUGGAGCGGCUUGCCGAAUUUAUUCCUAUUCUCCCUUACUUUGAGGAAAAUAAAUAUUUUUAUAGUUUUGAGGUGCAGACAAUGGCCAUGAUUAUUUUCGUGCUGAAAUUACUUCUAGGAUUGGAUGAUCGUACAGAGCACAGUGUGUCAGAAACUGCAGAAAGGCUAAAUGAGCUGUAUGUUGGUGACGAUCUUCGACUCUUCAGCUGGGACAGAUGGGUGUGUUGGUUUGAGAGACGCAAGCAACUACUGGUGAGACACCAUAUUCCCACUCGAGACUUAAUAGAUCCAAGAGAAGAAGGUAAUACUCAGCAACUAAUUGAACACUGGAAAAGGGCUGUCAAGGAUGAAAGGCUAUGUGAAAAGGUGAAGACUAUGGACCAUUUAUUCAAGGGUUUGAAACCACAGACAGUUGAAAUUCUGAAACGGCCAUUGCUGUUGCUUGCAGAGAGACAUGAAAAAUCAUAUAACUUGUAUUUUCCUGCAACCCUCAGACCACUGUCAACUUACAGUACCAUUAUCAUUACCCAUAAGUGUCCUAAGCAGCAAAAUUCUCUCCGGAAAAAUUUCAACACUUCAGAUAUGAACUUCAUGUUGGAUCCUUCUGAGGUGCUGAAUCUUGCUGAAGAAAAUAAUAUAAAAUUAAAAAUUCUGAUGAAGAGUGCGCAUUCAAGCUUCAAGAGACUACUGUCAGUGUCUCGACGUUGUAAGUAUGAUAAUGUAUAUGCCAAAAUUUCAGUUGUGUCUGAUGGAAGAUCAGAAAUGUGUUCUGGCAGGAGAUGGAAAAGAACAGAGGUCAUUCCUUUACAUUCUCUUAGUAGUAAGGAGAAAAAGAGAUUUUGCCAGAAGAAAGUAAAAAAUAAUAGAGAAUUAAGAAAGACAAAUAAUAUAAAAGACAAACAUAGUUUGAUGGAACAAAACGACCAUUUAUUUUCAAGAGAGCAUAACAAAUGUAACACUUGUAAACAUCAACAAAAAAGUGAAAAGAAGAGAAAGGGAGACUGUUUAAUUCGUAACUCAUCUACAAUCAGUAACAACUUUUAUCUACAGUCUGAAGAAUUUCUCAACUUUCACAUAAAAACUGUUUCGCAAAGUAGUGGUGUUAUUCGUCAACCAACAAUUCUGGAAAAGAGCAUAGUGGGACUGGCAACAACUGCUCAGAGAAAAAGUAUCAAGAGACUUAAAAAGAAAUUGCUAAAUGGUAUCACAAGAUCAGGCAGAGAAUGUCUGAAGCUUUAUUUACCUUAUAGGCAUUACUGGAUCUGUAGUGGAUCAUAUGAGAAAGGGGAAAUUUCUGAUGAGCAAUUCGAAUCAAUCAUCAGGAAACUGCCAACAUCGUUCAACUGGCUUUUACAGGAAUGUGCUCGCAUUCUUGAAGUGGAGAAAAGGUACCUUUAUUGUGAGCUGCUACGUGUCGAAGGUGCUGCGCUGUGUGUACACAGUUAAGUUUUUUAGAUCAUUGAUUAUAUUUUUUGUACCACUGCCAUCUUUUAAAAUGUAUUAUCUUUGUAUGAGUAUUAUCAUUUCUUUAUGUGUAUUGUUGACUGUGACAAGUAUUAGGAAUAGUUUUCCUUCUGGUACCUGUCUGCAUUUUCAGAAGGAAAUAAUACUGGUAAAGCACAUUUUUACAUUUAAAUGACUGGUUUGUCUUAUGAAUAUGUACCUAAAUUUUGUGUGUAUCAGUUAAUUGUGUCUUUUUGAAUUAUGUUAGCAUCUGCUUAAUUUUUUUUUAUUAAACGUAGACAUGACAAGCUUUUACUACUA